UUUUGUUUUUAUUUACAAAAAAAGCAAAAGCAACGAAAUGAGAGAAAGCGAGAAAGGUUGUUGAAGUCGUUCAGAGAUGGAUUCGGAUUCGAAAGGAGAAAGAUGGAGCGGAGCGAUGACAAAUCUAUCAGAAAUGAGUUCAAAUCUCGAAUCUCUCCAGAAGCUUCUUCUCACCAAAGCUGUUUUCGUCGACGACGACACUUUCUCUAAAGCCUCUCUCGCCGCCGAUCAAGCCCGCACUAUCAAACUCCUCGAUCAACGCGUCCACACUUUAGAACGAGAACUCGACGCCGCCAUCACCGCCGCCGCUCGCGCUCGUUCCGAGAAACGUCAAGCGGAAGCGUCACAGAAAGCCGCUGAAUUACGCGCUCUUGAAGUCACCAAAGAACUCGAAAACACCACAAAGGUGUUUGAGUUGCAUAUGGAAGAACUGCGUGCAAAGCAAGAAGAAAUUACGAAGCGUGAUAACGAUAUUAAGCUUUUGGAAGCAAUUAUUCAAACACUUGGAGGGAAAGAAUGAUUUUCUACAUCUCUGUAAAACACUAAAACUUGUUGUUCUUGGUUUCGUUCGUUUCUGUGUAAAUUAAGUUGUUAUAGUUCUAGUAAGUAAAGAUUGAUUGUUAUCUUCAACACUGUAAUAAAGUUGAAUUUUUCUAUAAUGAGUAUUUUUUCUGUAUUAGUUAGUUCUCUGGUGCAAGGAUUAAAUUUGUGUGUGUGAAAUGAAGGUGAUAAAGAAAAUAAGUGCAUGAUAGAUUUGAA